AUGGCACCUACGCCUCUCCCUCCAAACUUUAAGCCAAAGACCUUAGAAGGCAUCGCUGUCGUCGAACGUUAUUGGCGAAAUCAUAUGAUAAAUACUAGCGACGCCUUUGUCAAUACUUCGAGCUAUUCGCCCGUCGCCGCGUCGGUGAGAAUGCCCGUCAAUAACGACGAAUGCUUUUGGUGUGAUUUACCGGUAUCACUAGGUCUAUUCGAGAUUCUUUCGUCACGGGAGCAUGAUUGUUUAUCCGCUAUUAUAGGCACGCGACCUAGCGUCUUGCUUCCUCAAGACACUUCGUCGCCUAGCAAUCUAAGUGAUCUUCCAAAGCACAUUUCCUUGAAAGAUCUUCCGGACUCGGUCUACUAUCGCGAUAUCGAACUUUUCUGCCUAAAAGACCUUCAAAGUAAACGUGAUGUCCUCUACGCUAUCAUCGAGUUUCGCAAUCUCAAAGGUCGACCGGAAGGCGCUGAUAGAACUAAAUUCUUUAUACACGGCGAUUAUCAACUAGCAUAUUGCCCGAUAGCUCAGAUUAUUGCGUUCGCUUUCCGCGAUAGAGCUUUUGCCAAUGACGACCUCACACUAGAGAUCAUUUGGCGGCUACGAAAGCCCGAGAUUCUUAAUGUGCCUAUCCUUCGACGUCUUCAACGUACUCUAUACGGCUACAGACUCGAUAGGUCUUUGCUAAUGACCUAUGAUUCAAGUCGGCAGGCGCUUAAGGAGUUAGGUCGACAUACUAGAUUUGAAGAUGAUAUUGGGCAUUACAAUUACCGCCGCUAG